GCUCGACUCCCGGUUUACGCGAGGAGAAAACGCGUCUUAGGAAGCAGGUCAGACAUGGCAACAGCAGGACACGGAUCUCACACUGGAGUAGAGCAGAACCGCUGUGAUGGGUCUCCCGCCGAGGUUUCUCAAAUUGCCGAUGACAGCAAAUCAAGCGAUGCUGGAGAUCACACGGCAGCACAGAAAGUCAACUUAAAAAACGCUGGUGAGAAACCCUUCAUGUGUGUGGAAUGUGGGUACAGGACAGCUGAUAGGUCUAACUUUUCCGUACACAUGAGGACCCAUACAGGAGAUAAACCCUACAUGUGUGGGGAGUGUGGGUACCGGGCAGUUCAUUGGUCAAAGUUAUCCCGGCAUAUGAGAAUCCAUACUGGAGAAAAACCCUACAAGUGUGACCAGUGCGCGUAUUCCGCAAGCCGCAAAUACCACCUUGACUACCACAUAGCAACAAAACACGGUGGUGAUAAACCCUACAUGUGUGGGGAGUGUGGGUACCGAACAGUUGAAAAGUCUAAGUUAUCCGUACAUAUGAGAACCCAUACUGGAGAAAAACCCUACAAGUGUGGGGAGUGUGGAUUCAGGGCAGCUCUAAAGUCUGACUUAGCCCGGCAUAUGAGAACCCAUACAGGAGAAAAACCCUACAAGUGUGACCAGUGUGACUAUUCUGCUACCCAGAAAUCUUCUGUGGACAUCCAUAAAGCAGCAAUACACAGUGGCGAGAAACCCUACAUGUGUGAUGAAUGUGGAUACAGGGCAGCUCAAAAGUGUGACUUGUCCAAACAUAUGAGAACCCAUACAGGAGAAAAACCCUACAAGUGUGACCAGUGUGGCUAUUCUGCUGCAGAUUUGACCAAUUUGGCCACACAUAUGAGAACGCACACCGGUGAGAAACCUUUUAUGUGUGGGGAGUGCGGGUACAGGGCGGCUCAAAGGGCUAACUUGUCUAGACACAUGAGAACCCAUAAACUACAGUGACAUAUGUACUUUUAUAGAAUCGAUUUUGAAACUUAAUAAUUUUCUGAUAAUUCUUAUUAUUGUUUAGGAAAGUUUACACUUGAGUUUGUAUUAUUUAAUUCUUACCCUCUAAUCUAUGUUUUACUAUGUUAGUAUAGUCCAUCAUGACUGUAAAAAAAAAAUUCAG